UACCCAUUAGUUUCUUAGUCUCCCUAAUUGAGUGGGGCCAAUCAGUUUUUCAACCAUAUCUCCCUAAAAACCAUACGUGCGGGUCUCUCCAUAUGAGGUUCACGCCAUUCGCUGUGGCCCAGCUCACAUUCAUUUGCAAAUCCUGUAGUUAAAUUGAGACAGCUCAACCUCAGAACUGUCGCGUGAAGGUAUGUAAUGCUACCCGACGAACCAGGAUUUUAUACUUAUGCUAUUGUUGAACAUCCAGCCCAAUUCCCAGCUACAACUAUCAAUCAGCUCAACGUUGUAUUCAAGCUUCAAGAAGACAAGUUUCACUACAUGGCUGUCUCGGAUGAGAGGCAACGUGUGAUGCCAACAGCAAUGGAUAGAGAGAAAGGCAAGGUGCUUGACUACAAAGAAGCUGUUCUAUUGACAAAUCCUAGCAAUCCAAGUCUAAAAGGAGAGGUGGAUGACAAGUACUUCUAUGCAAGUGAUAACAAAGAUGAUAAAGUUCAUGGGUGGGUUAGUACUAAUCCUCCAUUAGGAUUUUGGAUGAUUAAUCCAAGCAAUGAAUUUCGUACUGGAGGACCUUUUAAACAAGAUCUUACUUCACAUGUUGCUUCAACUGUACUUAGUAUGUUUGUGAGUACACAUUAUGCUGGAGAGGAUUUAGCAAUUAAAUUUCGACAUGGAGAAACAUGGAAAAAGGUCUUUGGCCCUGUGUUUAUGUAUCUUAACUCAAAUGCUGCAGCUAAGGCAAAUCCUUCCAUACUGUGGAAUGAUGCAAAGAAAAGGGCGAAUCAAGAAGUUGCAAGUUGGCCUUAUAAAUUUCCACUUUCAAAAGACUACGUCAAAUCUAAUCAAAGAGGAAUAGUUACAGGCCAACUAUUUGUUAAUGAUGGGUUGAAAAAAAAUGUACCGGCAUCCAAUGCAUACAUAGGAUUAGCGCCACCUGGAGCUGCUGGAUCCUGGCAAAGAGAAAACAAAGGUUACCAAUUUUGGACUAAAACAGAUCCUCAUGGAAACUUCAUCAUAAAAAAUGUCAUAUAUGGUACAUAUAACCUGUAUGCAACAGUCCCCGGAUUUAUUGGAGAUUACAGAUACGCUUCAAAUAUAAAAGUUACUCCAGGUUCUAAUAUUAAAUUAGGGGCUUUAGUUUAUAAAACUCCAAGAAAAGGGGCUACACUUUGGGAAAUUGGUGUACCAGAUCGCACUGCUGCUGAAUUUUUUAUUCCAAAUCCACCUCGUCAAUAUAAAGUUCACAAAUACAAAAGCGAAACUGAAUCAAAAUUUAAACAGUAUGGUUUAUGGGAGCAAUAUGGCGUUUUAUAUCCUGAAAAGGAUCUUGUCUAUAAUGUUGCGACUAGCAAGUAUUCAAAAGAUUGGUUUUUUGCACAAGUUACAAGGAAUAUAGGAAAAAACAAAUAUGAAGCUACCACAUGGAGUAUUAUAUUUAACCUUGGAAACGUUAACAGGGCCUCACAUUACACUCUCCAAUUGGCUAUUGCAGGAGCUCAUCAAGCUAACCUACGUGUUCAUGUCAACAAUCCAAAUCCACGAGCAGUACCCCUUUUUUCAACAGGAUAUAUAGGGGACAGUAAUGCAAUUGCAAGACAUGGAAUUCAUGGAUUAUAUUGGCUCUUCAGCAUCGGAGUACCAGGCAAUUUGCUUGUCAAAGGAACAAACACAAUUUUUCUUACUCAAAGUUUGGCAAACUCUCCAUUUAAUUGUAUCUUAUAUGAUUAUCUUCGUUUAGAAGGACCUCAUUAGCGAUAAAACGACCAUUCUAUAGUUGUUCAUUUUCUAGUUUUAGUUUACACAUUGUUUUUAGUGGUGAAAAGCGCAAAAAAACAUCAAGUCAUGUGGAGUUUGAAGUGAAAACCAAGUUGUACUUUUUUUUUUUUUUUUGAAAUGUGCGGAGAACAUUAAUAGAUUAUGAAGUUUUGAGUAAAUUAUGUUUU